AAUGAAUGUGCCACUCAAUUCUUCUUCUUUGGCUCCUUUGCUGGCAUUGAGGGAUUUCUGUUGGCCGUGAUGGCCUAUGACCGUUAUGUGGCCGUCUGCAAGCCUCUCCUGUACACAGUCCUGAUGUCCCCCCACCUCAGUGCCCUCCUAGUGUUGGCUACAUAUCUUGAAGGCUUUAUAAAUGCUACCAUUCACACUGGCUUCACCUUCCAGCUGUCUUUCUGCUGCUCAAAUAUCAUCAACCACUUUUUCUGUGACACUCCAUCCUUCCUGAAACUCUCUUGCUCUGACACACACAUCAAUGAGGUUGUCAUCUUUGCUUUUGCCAUUUUUAAUUAACUGAGCUGCCUCCUGAUGAUUCUGGUUUCCUACCUCUACAUCCUUGCUGCCAUCUUGACGAUUCAUUCUGCAGAAGGGAGGUACAAAGCCUUCUCCACCUGUGCUUCCCACUUGAUGGCGGUCACCAUCUUCUUUGGGACAAUCUUGUUCAUGUAUCUGCACCUCAGCUCCAGCUACUCAAGGGAUGAAGACAAAGUAGUGUCUGUGUUUUACACGGUGGUCAUCCCCAUGCUAAAUCCUCUCAUCUACAGUCUGAGAAACAAGGAGGUCAAAGUUUCCUCAAGCAGAAUUUUUCAAACAUCCUCUUUUUACUUCUCUACUUAG